CUCAGGAAAAAAAACUCAAACGCAUCCUUUGGAAAAGGACGCUUGAGAGUGACGUUACAACUUGUCGCAGCGUCCUUAGCCUAGUUACCAGAGUGGCUGUGUUUUCGCUCCCUACUUCGUGUUUGAAAUGGGGUGGAGAUGUCAACUUAUGUUUAUAUAAACUAUUUCCAAAAUGAGUUGUACUGCAGUGUUAUUUUAGGACAACUUUUUCAACAAAGUUUGAGUGUGUAACGCACAUUUAUAUAUAAUCAUGCCUUCCAAAAGAAAGGAACAACAGCUAAAUGUGCAAAGUGCAAGAACUGAUCUCAAAUCACAGACAGAUGACUCCACAGCAGUAGGAAACCAUAGCCAAAGGAAGAAAAGUGAAAAAAAUGUGGCACAACUUUCCCUCAAACUAGAGCAGACACAAAUUCAGGAGAGCGGAAAUCCGAAGAAAAGCAUUAAAAGUUCAAAUACUACUAAGAUGGAUGAUGAUGAAGAAAGUGAAGAGGUGGAGGAUGAAGAAGAUGAGGAGGAAGAAGAUGAGGAUGAAGAUGAUGAGCCUGCAGAAGACCAUCCAACUAUAAAAGAUUUCAUUUCUAUUAGUGAUUUUGAUGCUGAGCAGGCUGGAGAUCUGUCUUUUAAGAAAGGUACUCCUCUUACUAUACUUGAAAAAAGAUCUGAUGGCUGGUGGCUUGCUGAAAACAUAAAAGGAGAGAGAGGCCUGGUUCCAAAAACCUACUUGCAGGUGCACAAGAGGAAUGAAUCAUUGCAGGAAUCAGUAAGUGAAGAGGAUGAAGAGGAUGAUGAUGAAGAGACUGAAGACACAGAGGCCGAGAAGAAAGUAAAACCUCACUGGAAAAUGGUGAAGCAAGCUGUUACACAGCAACUUAAUGCCACUGAUGUCUUGACAACUAUGGGAGCCAUACCUGCAGGAUUUAGACCUUCAACACUUGCUCAUCUUUUAGGAGGAGGAAAAGAGUUUCAUUCAAGUUACUGCCUGCAACCUGAAUUCAGUCAGUCUCAUUUAGCUUUCAAAGAUUUACUCUGGGAUCCAGAAAAAGGCACUAUUCGAGCUAGACCCACGCGUGUAAUGCUGCUAUUAAUAUUAUGGAGUUGUAAGAAUAUUCCUUUACCUGGAACAAGCAUUGAUGUCUUGAGUCGACAUGUUCGUUUCUGUGUAUUUGAUGGUAGUAAGGUCCUAAGCAAUAUUCACACAGUCAGAGCUGCAUGGAAUCAGAAGAAUCCCAAGAUGUGGUCCUUUUCACCAAGGAUCACAGGAAUUCUGCCCAGUCUUCUUGAUGGUGACUGUUUUGUUCGUUCAGAUUCUCAAUCUUCUGAUAUAGGCAUUUUAUUUGAGCUUGGUAUCACCUAUAUACGCAAAUCAACCAGAGGCAGACUCCCUUGUGGAUGGUGCAUACUAAGCCUUCUAGAUACCUCAGGAGUAUGUUUGUUUGCAUAUAAAACAUAUGAACUUUCUUUAAAUGGUGGCACACCAUAUGAGAAGGGUGUUGAUGUGGAUCCAACAUUAACAAGAAGAACUGGCAGUAAUGUUUUUCAACAAAUGAUGUCAUCCAGGAGACAACCUCGACUUAUGUUCAAAGUAAAAUCAUUACCCCCAGGAACAAGAGAUCUUCUGAAUCUCCUUCCUGACACAUUGAUUGGAAGCUCUAGCUGUAUCCAUUUGCUGGCAUUUUAUCGACAAAUUUUAGCUGAUGCUCUUCUAAGAGAUAGAAUAAGUAUGCAGAAUGCUGAUUUGAUUUGCAAUCCAGUGCUAGCAACAUUCCCCAAACUGAUGGAGCAAACUGAUGUUAUGGAUGCUCUCAGGAGUGCUUGGGCAGAAAAAGAAAAUACGUUUAAGAGAUCUGAAAAGAGAGAUAAUGAAUUUUUGAAGUCUCAGUUUAUCUUGGUCUACCAUGACAGUGCCUAUCCUCUCCUUUGUUCUACCUCAUUACCACCUGCCAAAUGGGCAGAUGAUGAGACUGACAUUUCUCGCUGGAAAUUUAUUGCUGCCUUUUUGGAGAAGACUCGUGAGAAGAACAGUGCUCUCUCUGCUCUGUUAUCAGCAGAAAACAUCUAUGAGGCUUUUGAUAUUUCAGAUGUCUCUUAUGAUUUUCUAAGACUUGGAAGAUCAGCUUCUGUCCCAGUGUAAAUUAUCUGGAAAACGUUGCAGCUGAGAAUUUAUGUCACUUGUUCAUGAGUUUUAUAUACUGUGAAGGAAACAAAUUUUCCGUAGAUACCUCUUACAAAAUGCUUUAAUUGAAUUGCUGUGGGUGUCACCUGAAUAAUUUUUUUCAGUUUCAUUACCAUAUGUUGUGGCGGUCAGCAGUGAAAAAGCCAGUGUUCUCACAUAUCUCUGUUUCUCUUUAUGUUAAUGCAGAUAGCGGACACAUUCACACAACAAGUGAUGAGAGGUGACUUAAGUAAAUAAUUAUAAAUAUUUAACUGGAAAAUGUCCAGCUGGGAAGACACAUUUCCAGUGGAAUCCUGGGAAGAACGCCAAAUAUCUUCUUCUUUCGGCUGUUCCCAGUUAGGGGUCGCCACAGUGGAUCACCUGUUUCCAUUUCUUCCUGUCCUCUGCAUCUUGCUCUGUCACACCAACCACCUGCAUGUCC